UGCGAGCAAAAAAAAAUACAACAAAAAAAAAACAAAAUUAUAUAUACUUAAUACACAUACAAUAUAAGCACAUUUAGCGCAGGCGUUGAACUAGUGCGAAACAAUAACAACAAAAAAACUGAAAGAAAAAACAAAAGUAAUAAAUAAUAUAGAAAAAGAAAAUGAACGUUAAAUUAUUUGUUCUGUGACUGUCUGUGAUAAAGCUCUUUAGCCACUUGGCUGAUGUCAGUCUAUCUCUCUCUCUCUCUCCCUCUCCGUCUCAGUGUCAGGCCAAGUCUAAAGCUGAACUCGACGUGAAUUAAAGUGAAGCCAAGCGUUGAGUGUGAAACGCAAAGCAGGCGCAUUUAAAACGCAAUCGCAAGUGCCGCUUUUUAGUCACAAAGACUAAGCAGCAAAAGUUACAAUUUCAAAACAAUUGUAAAGAAAGUGAAAAACGAGACGCGACAACCGAGUCCCCCAAACAAACAAAUAAAAAGGGAAAGGGAAAGGCGUCUCUGCUCUUCGUUAACUUUGCAUACAUACGAGUAUAUCUUUUUUCAAGUGCAACGCUCAGAAUUACAUAUAUACAUAAAUACUGUAUACAGAUAUAUAUUUAUUCGCUUGUAGUUAGCUAAAGCCCACAAACAGCUGUUUGUGUUCAGUUAGUCGCCCACAUGCCGCGGCAUAAAAAUCAUUGAAAAUUAAUUUUUUAUACAUAAAUAAAUAAUGUAUAUGGUAGAUAUAUUUUCAAUAAUUUUUAUUCCGAUGAUUUGAUUUGCUUUGCUUUUUCGCUGACUACGCGUUUUUUAUUUAUUUAUUCAAUAAUACCGAUACAAAAAUUGAAACCACGCGUUUUCAAUUGCUGUCUAUGAGUGUGUGUGUCUGUGUGUGAGCGUAAUAAAAAUAAAAUCGAAUGAAAAAAGUCGCAGCUUAAAAAGCGGCCAAGCGACAUUGAUGCCAAUCGCCAGUGCAUUUGGUUUUGCAGCAGAGUCGACACCAACAACAUUGAAUACGAGUACAACAAGAAUAACAACAAUAAUAUAGCAUAAACCAAAAACGCCUUCAGUGGACUUCGAUUGGAGCGUAAGACACAUGCUAAAAAGAGCUAUCAAAGUCUGACUAUCGCGCCAGAGCCAGAGCAAACGCAAACGCACAAACACACACAUAGACAGACUCAAAUUAGAGCGUGAAAGCAAUAAAAAAAACACACGGGCAGCAAAGCGUGCAAAAGGAAAAGCAAAGAAAAUUAUCAUAGUUAGCAUAGAAGCAAGACGAAAGGGGGAAGCGAAAGGGGGUUAUAAGUGUGCACAGUAGCAUGGCUAGAACGUCUAGAAAAUGAUUAUUAUGAUAAUAAAUUAAACUUGCCAUUAAUUUAGUAACGAAAACGGCUGUCGAGACGGCAGAGAGAAGACUGUAGACUGUAGGUAGCAUAAUAACAAUAAAUAAUAAUUUGAAAUAGGCGAGCGAGAAUAAUACACACACACACACACAUAAAGAGAGCUAGUGACUUGGGCCCAAGCCACAAACUGAAGCCCAGUGCAGCAGCCUCAGAAAAAGAAUACGAAUAAACCAAACUAGACGACGAAGAGCAGCUCGAGCGCGUCGAGCGUGCAAAUUAAAAGCGCACAGUAGCACGAAGGAAUACAGCACACAACACAGCACAAACUGAAGCAACAUGGAAGUGGCAACAACAAACAAUCACAGUCAGAGCCAUCAUCAUAAUCAUCAUCGCAGCAGCAACAGCAGCAGCAACAACAACAACAACAGUGGAGGAGGCGGUGUUGCCGUUGGCAGCGGUUCCCGUUCGCCAUUUCAGCGAGAGGUGCGUGAAUGGCAACGCAUCGAUCCGGACACUGGAGCCCUGUUCAGCGGCCGCUUGGAGGCAGAUCGCUGGAUAAAUGGACCACUGAACAGCUAUGGCAAGAUAUCCGAUUCCCAAAAUAUCUCACAGCCCAAUGGCACACAGCACACACAGCGCAAGCAGUUGGAGGUGCUGCGCACCGCCAAUGGCGCCAUGCAAGUGAUCCGCACACAGACAGUACAAAAGACAUCUUCCACAUCCCGUUGGUCCACCUCCUCAUCCAGCACCACCACCCGCAGCAGUGCGGCGCCCAUGGCGCUCUGGGCGUCCAAACCAAACCAAGGCGUUGACAUUUGUGAGCUUAGCGACGACGACGAUGACGACGACGACGAUGAUGAUCGUGACGCUGGCGUCGCUGUCAUCGUCGACCAUGAAUCGCCAGCCACCUCGAAGUCGAGCCACAGCUAUGACCAUGGCCAGAAGGAGCUGGUUGAUGAUCAUGUUGAUUUUGUUGUGAUUAAUGGCCACUCGGACGACGCUGACGAGCGGCAACACAGCCAAGUCGAUGUCGACGACGACGAUGACGACGUACCUCAUUUGCACAAACUCGGCCACAAUUUGUUACCCGAUACUGCGCCAAGUUUAAAAUUGAGCAAUCUAAUGAAAAGCAGUUCGAGUAUCUCCAGCCAAAGCAGCAACAACUCAAAUUUAACAACUGCAGCGGCAGCAGCGACUGUUGGCAACACCCACAGAAAUGCGGGUAAAAUAAGCCUACAUGCAAUUGUUGGCCAGACGACAACAGCAGCGGCAACACCAUCCACAUCAUCAUCAUCAUCAUCAUUAUCAACGUGGCCCAAGCGACUGGGACUGACGGAGCAGGCUGACUUAUAUGGCCAGAACAACAACAGCAGCAAACGUCGCGUGGGCGUCCCAAGUGAAGCUGCUGGCGAUGCUGACGUAGCCGUUGUGGCCACGCCAACGCUGCGUCGUGAUUUGGAAAGUUUCCGGCAUUAUAACGAUGACGCCGCCACCGCCACCACCACGACAACAACAACAACAACAACAACGAGAGGCGACAACGACGAUGAUGAUGAUUUGCGACUCAGUGCUCGCCAUCAGCGUCGCCAGCAGGUGUCCCAAUCCGUCUACGCCCCGCCAUUGCCCGCCAGCUUUGGCCACCUUGGUAGCCUGCAGCGUUCGCGUUCGAUAUCGACGGAUGAUCUCAGCAACGAUUGGCCCGAGGACGCCGAUGAACAGCCCUGCGGCGAUUGGCGACGUGUCAGCAAACUGCGACGCUCCUUUCAAUCCCAAGACUAUCACAACAAAGUCCCAACUCGACCACGUCCGCGUCCCUUGGAUUUGCCCAGCAGUUCGGUGAGUGUGGCCCGCAUCAGGGAGGAGCUGGAGAACGGACGACUCCUCAAAAAGGUCAUGCACAACAAUCACGUAGAUCUGGCAGCCCUCGACAGCAUUCUGAAUCCCAACACUGCCUCCACGGUCACGCAGUCUGCCAGCAAGCCGCUGGUGGCCAAGCGCAGCACAUUCCUCACAGCCGAGUCGCUGCAGGAGAUACGCGGCAAGCUCAAGAAACUGUCCGACGAGAGUCUCUACAAGGAGGACUUUCUGGCCCAUCAAGCCAUUACGAAACCAGCCGCCGUUGCAGUGCUGCAAUCACCAGAGCCAGCUCAAGUGUCGGCACCACCUUCCGCCUUUCGUGCCGUCCACAAUACGCACAGUCUGGAGACGCGACAGCGGCCCAAAGACACCAGCUCCAGUGAGUGGCACUUGCGACGCAAGUCCUACGGCUUUGAGAAGAUGUCGCCACCCGAGAGUCGCAGCAUCUUCCGCGUGGAUGCUUCCACGGACAGCGGCUUGGGUCGCUCCGGCGAGCAGCUGGGCAACUGGUCACCCACCACAGAUCGCACUGCUGCCUCAGCUGCCAAUGGUGGACCUGGCUCCACCAUCAUCCACUUUGGACGUCAACAAGCUGCGCAGUCGCCAGCUAGUCCCAAUGAAACCGAGCUGAGCAAACGACACUCGAUUGCCGUGGAGGAAACUUGGCGCGACAUUCGCAAGACAUCGCAGGUGCACGUGAAUGGCGGUGCCGUGAACGGCAGCAACGGUAGCAGCAACAACAAUAAUAUCAGCAGCUCCACACAGUUGCAGCGCAGCAGCGCUCAGAAGCGUGUGGAAUUCUGCAAGACAGAGGUGCAUUUUGCAGCCGAAUCGGGCCGUGUGAAUAUUGUGGAAACCGAUGGAAAGCCGCCGCCCACGCAGAACUUUCGACGACGUCGACGCACAGCAAGCGGUCCACUGCAAAGUCUGGUGAAAUCGGCCAGUGUGACCAGCAGCAUCAGCAGCACUAGCACCACAAGCUCUAGCAGCAACAAUGUGACGCACUUUGGCGACGAUCCCACUGUGCGCAGCAAGCCAAUUGCCUCGAGCACUGUGGCAUAUCGAGCCAUGCUCAUGGAUCCCCCAGAGCUGAUCACACAGCCUGUGGCUGGCAGUCAGGUGACGGUGAUAACGACGACACCGAAGCAGCCAACAUUGGAGCCUCGCUACAGUCUGCUGGAGACGACGAGCUCAACGUCCAGGCAUAGCUACACUUCCACCAGUGGCGUGGAUACGACCGACAAUGAGACCGACGAGUUGGCCAACAUACGUGGCAUACUGAAGAACAAACCGAUUAAACCGAAACCUUAUCAUCUGGGCGAAAAUAUCGAGAGUGCCGAUGUGCUCUGGAGCAUGCCAGCUACGAUCAAGAGUGAGCGCGAGAGCAGUCCACCAAGCCGGGAGAGCGCCACUGGCGAUCACUCACCGAUCACCACCAAAUCGGUGGCCGAACGUGUGCGAAUUGUGGAGCAACGGCAACAGCAACCACAGCAGCAGCAUCAGCAACUACAGCAACAACGACAGCCAUCGCCUGCUGGCAAUGGUUACUCCACAAAGAUCAAUGUGAGCCUCGGAGCAUCGGAGGAGUGGCUAGAAACAGGUUCAAGCUCAGGCUCAGGGCCAGUUCGUCGUCGCAGCAGUGCCCAGGAGCUGCUGCUGCAGGACUUGCGCGUUCAUCAGCGCAUCCUCGAUGAGGGCCUCAAGUCCACAUCGCUGAUCAUGAAAACAAUGCGUUCGGCCAGCGAAUUCGAUGAGGCCAUGCGUCGUCUGAGCAUAGCUUCAAUCGAGUCCGCCCUAAUACAGCCCACAAUUGUGGUGCCCACGCCCAUGUUGCGCUCCCACAGCUAUCAGGAGGAGAGCUCGCGUCGUACCUCGACCACAUCGAUAACCAGCAGCGAUCUCUUUGGCAGCACUCUCUAUGACUCCUUGCCACGUACUCCGCUGGCACCGCCGCGUCUCAAGCUGCUGGGCAACACGCAAAUACCCGUUAGUCAGCAGUUGAUGCAACUGCGGCGUCUCUACGAUGCCGCAGAGCAGGAGGAGGACAGCGCCGACGAGGAGGUGAAGCGCUAUUUCCGCGAGAACAGCAACAGUGAUAGUGGAGGUGGCACUCAGGACAGCUCCUCGCCCGAGGAUGUGGUGCACAAGGGUUGCGAGUACUCGAGCAGCUGGAGCCGGCUGAAGGCCAAACGCACCAUCUGGAAGAUCGAGGCGCAAGAACAAACGCUAAAGCGUGCAGAUCUGCCCAAGUCCAAUGUGAUGAACAUUGCGCUGCAUGCCCCACGGCUGCAAAAGCCAAAGCCAGCGCCUCCCACGCUACGCAUUGGUCAGCUGGUGCCUGUGGCCAAGCCUCGCACUCUGCUCGUCCAACCGCAGCCACAGCCACAGCCUCAGCUCACACAGCUUUCCGUGGAUAAUGGCGACGAGUCGGGCAGCGAGUCCUUGAAGAUUGUGAAGGAGGCUCGUGGCGCACGCAAGCUGCGUGAACAUGAACUCUCCUACUUUGGGGUGCAACAUUCUCCGACACCCAGCCAAACCACCAAGCAGUCCACCAAUCCACGACGCACGCUGCCGUCACGCAGUAAGCAAGCAAGCCACAACGAGGAGGAAUCCAGCACAGCAACCACAACGACCACCAAGUGGCAGUUGUUGAACGAUCGACCCGAUUUACUAAGACACAGCCCACAGGGCAACGACGAAAGCAACAACAACAUCAAAGACUACAACGAGGAUGAUGAGCAUUGCUAUGAGAACAUUGCCAACGAGUUGACCACCACGUUCCGUGUGAAGUCGCCAUCUCCGAGCUACGAACGCAAGGCAGAUUUGCAGCGGGAUGCGCAGAUUCUUAGCGAGAUGACACGCAACGCUGAUCAGACAUUGAAGGCUCUCUCUGAUGAGGCUGCCUACAAGGAUCAGCGACGUAGAUCCUGCUCGCUACAGCGUCGCAGCGCCAAACCUCUAGCCACCAUCGACGAGAAGGUAAAGACAUCGAGUGUGACCCGCGGCACCUUUGCUUCAGAGGCGCGUCGCAAUUCACGCCAAUCGACGCCCUCGCCAACUCGAGCACGCAGCUCAUCGCAGUCAUCCAUUGAAUGUUGUCCCCGCGAUCGCUCGCGUUCCAGUUCGCGUGAAUCCAUGACCCAAGGUGGCAACUCGUCCGACGACAAUCAACUGAGCAAGCAGCGCGUAGAGCGACUGCGCAUGCGCACCCCGAAGCGAGAAAAGUCUCGCCACGAAUCAAACGAACAACAGCGAUCAUCACGACAGAGCAGCAAGCCACGCAGCAGCUCCAGUGCUGUCACCCAUCAUCACAGCAGCAGGCAUCGUGAGAAGGAGCACAGCAGCGAGCACUCGGGUGUGAAGCAUAGCUCGGCUUCGGCUGCCGUCGUUAGCUCGUCGGGUGGCUCGACACGAUUGCUGCGCUCAUCGCGUGUCAGCGAAGAGAGCCGACCACGCACCAGCUCUCACCGCACCAGCGACCGAGAGCGCAAUCGCGAAAGAGAGCGAGAGCGUGAACGUUCGCGCGGCAGUGAGAAGCACCGAGAAGAGCUUUCACGUUCACGUGGUCACUCCAGUCGCUCGAGACACAGUGAACAGCAGCAGCAGCAGCAGCAGGCAGCAACAGCGGGUCACAAGUCGAGUAAAAGCGGUCGCAGCAGCAAUCACAACGACACUGCACACACAACGUCGUCGGCACACAGAAAGUCUGCGACUGGCUCUAGGACAACAACAACAACAGGCAGUACAACAAAAAGCACAACAGCAACAACAACGCACAAAGCAACCACAACUACAGCUACAACAGCAACACCUACAACAACGCACAACGAACUGACGUACGUAUACGUAACGAAUUUAGCCAAUACACAAACCGCCGAGGAUGCAGACUAUGCCAGCAUAGAUGAGACUGCCGCAACUCCGCUGCCACAACCGCCAUUGCCGCCCCCUCGUCGCAAGCGCAAGCAGUCUCUCAUACCUGUGCCUAUACAGCCCGCAGCCGCCUACGAGCAUCGCGUUAAGCUGGACAUGAUUCCGGUGGCGCCGAGCUACUCGAAUCAGUCGACGCUGCGGUGCAAGUCGAAGCCUCAGCCUCGCAAGCUUUCGCUCAAGUGCACGCAAUCAACGAGCUCAAGUUUCGCCUUUCUGCCAUAUUUGCCGGCCAAGCGCAACUCGAGCGUUAGCCAUGUCUAUGACAAUUAUUUGCUGUACGCAACACCAGCGGCCACAUUGACCGCUAGCAAGCUGCGUCCCUAUCAGCACAAUUUGAGCAACGAGCACGCUCAACUCUUUGGUAGCAGUGGGCGUGGAGGGGCGGCAAAUGGGGGCGCAACUGCUGCGCUGGCGAGUCGGCUGGGCAGUUGGCCAAAACGGUUGCGCAGGCGCCAGGUGCGCAGCAGUGUGUCAACGCAUCAGCCCUUUGGCAUCUGCACAUGUUCAUAGUCAGCGCUGGAGCAUACAACCAAAAUAGCAAAGUCGCACAUGGAUGGGCGCAACCGGAUCUCAUCGCAGUCACAGUCACAGUCAAAGAUUUCUCUCACGUUACUCACUCCUAUGCACUCCGAAAAUGUUCUUCCUACUUUACUGUUUUUUUGUUUUUGGUAUAAUUUUCUUAUUUUUGACUACCUCAAUGCACGCGAAAAUGUCGAAAUGAAGCACGCAAUCAACACGAAUAAUUAAAAACCAAUUCUCGAAAAGCUCAAGACGAAUUGCAAAUCGGCAAUUGGCUCUGUUUUCUAACCCGUGUUCCCUCCUAAAUACUAAUACAAUAAAAAAUAAAUCCCCAUGGCAUUGAGAAACAAAGAGGGCGACAGAGAGAAGAGAAAAAGAAGAGAGUUUUUGUUUGUUGUUUACUCGGAGCACACACUCAAUGGGAUUGCACAAAAAAACAAAACAAAACAAAAUAUCACACACACAACACAAUGAAUGAAAAUGGUUCUGUUUUUACUUUUGACAGCACACGGUAAAAGCACACUGAAUGGGCAUCAUCAUCACCAUCAGCAUCAUCAUCAGCAUAGCAGCAGUGGAGGCAGCAAGCAUCAUGGAGGAC